UUCUCUUAGCAACGGCGCCGGCCUUCGAGUAGGCUGCGAGCGAGGGCUUUGUUGGACCCUCGCAAAGUAAUAACAGACGCAGUUUUAUUUUCUUGGGAGAACAGGUGUUAUCUCGUGGUUUUUGGCCUCAGAAGAGAUAAAAUGCCAGCUGUCAACGCACUGGGGAAGACCAACCACAAACCUCUGCCGGCGAUGUAUCCAAGGACCAAGAAGGACCACAGAGUAACUGAAGGUUUCACAGUUAAAGCCAUGAUGAAAAAUUCUAUUGUGGUCGGUCCUUCAUCUGCAGGAUCUUUCCGAGAGCGACCCAGUGCACCAACGGCAUUUCGAAAGUGCUACAAACGAGGUGAUUUCCCUAUUGCCCUGGAACAUGGUUCACAAGGAAAUAGAAUAGCCUGGAAGGUGGAGAUUGAGAAAUUAGACUACCACCAUUACCUGCCUCUGUUUUUUGAUGGUCUCUGUGACACCAUGCACCCAUAUGACUUCUUUGCACGUCAGGGGAUACACGACAUGCUGGAACAUGGUGGCAUGAAGAUUCUUCCCGUUGUUCCUCAGCUUAUCAUCCCAAUAAAAAAUGCACUCAACACUCGGAAUAAGCAAAUCAUUUGCAUCACGCUGAAAGUGCUCCAGCACCUGGUUGUGUCAGCUGACAUGGUGGGUGAAGCCUUAGUGCCUUAUUAUCGACAAAUCCUCCCCGUCCUCAACAUUUUCAAGAACGUGAACGUUAAUACAGGAGAUGGAAUUGACUACAGCCAACAGAAAAGAGAAAACAUCGGAGACCUGAUUCAAGAGACUCUGGAGAUCUUUGAGCUGUACGGAGGAGAAGAUGCCUUCAUUAACAUCAAGUACAUGAUUCCGACUUAUGAGUCAUGCAUUUAUAAUUGAACCAAAUAAACUGGUUGAUGUUCUGUAGACUGCAUUAAUUUAUGUAACUGGGAGUUCUGUAAGAGCAAGUGCAUCAAUUACACCAUAAAAUUAACCAUAAUUGUGUUCUUGCUUUCUUGAUUGUUCCUGUACACAUGCCACUGUAUUGCAUGGUGAAUUUAAACUGCCAUUGGAUCAAACCUCAAUCUUUCUGAACAAUAAAACAAUUUUCUUACA